GUCUUUUCGAUCACGAAAUUCCACUGACAGACCCUUUCCCGGGAAUACCUGAACCAGAACCUAUAAGCGCCCCACAAAAGGGUCCACAUCUGAUGACAACAUUAGGCAACGGAAUUCGUGUGAUCAGCCAAGAUUUGGACGGCCACGUAUCGUCUCUGGGAUUGUAUGUCGAUGCAGGGUCCAGAGAUGAAACAUCGGAAGUAGCUGGAGCAACGCACUUCUUGGAGCACAUGGCCUUCAAAUCCACAACCAAACGUUCACAUUUCAUGUUGACUAGAGACUUGGAGAAACUUGGAGCAACUGUAGGUGCAGCCGCUUCACGAGAGUCUUUAUCUUAUACAGCAGAAUGUCUUCGUAAAGUAGUCCCUGGUGUUGUCGAAGCUAUAGCUGAGACAGUCUUGUAUCCCAGAUUUCGCUUCGUAGACAGUGAGCCUAUGAGAGACCUUAUUGAAGCCGAAAUUCAAGAACAGAAGAAAGUAGUAGAGAAAGAAGUCAAAGAUCUCUCAGCUGACUCUCAAACCAAGCUGAUGGAAAGUCUGCACGCUGCAGCUUAUGAUUAUCGUACUUUGGGACUUCCACUAGUUGCUGAAGAAAGAAAAUUGGAAAUGAUUCACUCGGAUGUAUUAACUGCCUUUAUGGAAAUGCAUUUUACUCCAGAUAGAAUGAUAUUUUCUGCAACCAAUGUCGACCAUCAAGAGAUUGUUCAGUUGGUGGAUAAGUUUUUUGGAAAUAUUCAAACAUCUCCUAGGCGGUAUGUUCGUCCAAAGGCAAUUUAUACGGGAGGAGAGGCAAGGCUAGCUGGAGAUGGUCCAGUACAAGUAGCCAUUGCUUUUCAUGGAGUUCCUUGGAAAGACAAAGAUCUUAUUCCUGCAUGUAUUCUUCAUACUUUAUUGGGUGGAGGAGGUUCCUUCUCAGCUGGUGGCCCUGGCAAAGGAAUGUACUCUCGGUUAUAUACUUCACUAUUGGUCGGAUAUCCUUGGAUCAUCUCAGCUACCGCGUUCAACCAUUGUUAUACAGAUUCAGGUCUCUUUGGAAUCCAUUGCAGUGCAGAUCCUGAAAGAACUGAAGAAUUACUUGAAAUAUUGAUGAAGGAAACGAAGAGUAUGAAGCAGGCGUUGAAUGAAAGAGCAGUGAAAAGAGCAAAGAAAAUGACCAAAUCAAGUUUGUUGAUGAAUUUAGAAAGUAGAGCAGUAGUUUGCGAAGAUUUGGGAAGACAAAUCUUAACUUCAGGACAGUAUUUAGAACCCGACAAACUUGCAUCGAUGGUGGACAAAGUAAAGACGGAAGAUUUAGAGCGAGUAAUCGAUAGAAUGUUAUCCUCCAAGCCAACAUUAGCCAUUUAUGGUGACCAUCACGGACUUCCUUCUUAUACCGAAGUAACUGCUGGUUUCAAACAUGGCGCUGUAGCUGCUUAAGUGGAUGCUUUUCUUGUCGUUAUUUGGUGCAUAACAAAUAAAAAUUUUUGUUUCCGU